AUUUGCAUUGUCCACUUUAUUUUACUUUUAUGGCUUUGCACCUUCCUCUCUUCUUCUCUUCCUUUACUUUUCAAUGCACAAACAAAAGUGAAACAUCACUUCAACUCACCUAACGUUCUUUCUUACACCUCUCUAAAUCCCUUUAUUUCUAUCCUUUUUUUUUUUUUUUAAAAAAAAUUGCUUCAACAAGCUGUUAAAGAAAAUUCUGUAAUCAUUUUCUUGAUUUUUUUUUCUUUGUGUGUGUUGAUGGAUAUUUUUUUUGAUGUGUUGUGUGAUAUUUGAUGAAUUUGUUGAUUUGUUUUGUUAGUUGUGAGUGUUGAAUUUUGCAUUUUUGAAGUUUUUUUAAAAUUGAUUUUGUUGUGAAUUACUGUGAAAUAUGGUUCUUCAUUUGGAUUGUGGAGUGGUUUGUAUGGAGAUAGAUAGAUAGAGGGUAGAUAAGAAAGUAUGAGAAAAUCAAAAGGGUGUUUUCAUAAAGAAGGAAAGGUGGAAUUUUUAAUAGUAAUCAGUACAAAAAAUGAAAGAUAUCAGAUUUUGAGAAAUUUGAAUUAUUUUGCUUAAUCAGUUAGAUUUUGAUCGCUGAUUUUGGAUUCAAUUGGAGCAAUUUGUGUUUCAAGAAUCUGCUAAAUGGGGAUAUUUGAAGAGAAGAUCAAGAACAAAGAGCCUUGAAGAAAACAGUUUUAAGUGAAAAAAGGUGAGAAUAAAUGUGGCAGAAUCAGACCCUCCAGAAUUCUUCCUUUAGAGAAUCCAUCAAAGCCCUUGAAGCUGAUGUUCAACAUGCCAAUACUAUGGCAGCAGCUCUUCGCCGGGAUUUCGAUGGGGAUUGUGUGCAAAUGAAAGUUUCCUAUGGUUUUCUUGCCCCCUUCUUGCUAUUUCUGAUAGAAUGGAUGGACUAUAUUUGUUUAGAUAAUCUGGCUAGUUGUUUAGGCCUCCUUCACAUUCUUGUUUACAAGGUUUAUGUUGAUGGAAUGCCAGCAACGUCCCCACCAGAAAGGAAAGCCACAAUUAAUGAAUUCUAUGCCAUUAUAUAUCCUUCACUAAUGCAGCUGGAGGGAAAUCUAGUGGAACUAAUGAAGGAGAAUCAUAAAGUAACUCAACUCUCUAACACUUCAAAUGGGGAAGGGGUGGAAGUGAACAGUCAGUCAUGUAAAAGUAUACAGGGCGAAGAAGAGGAAUGUGGUAUAUGCAUGGAAACUGGCUCCAAGGUGGUUUUGCCUAAUUGUAGCCAUUCCAUGUGUGUUGGUUGUUUUCAAGACUGGUACAUCCGGUCUCAAUCAUGCCCUUUUUGCCGAGGUAGUCUAUCGAGAGUAAACUCCAGAGACUUGUGGAUUCUAACUAGUGACUGUGAUGUAGUUGAUAGCAGCAUACUUGCGCAGGAGAACUUAAGGCGCUUCUACCUCUAUAUUGAUAAGUUGCCACUAGCCGUCUGUGAGACCAGCGUAAUGCUUUAUGAUUAUAUGAUAUAGACUUGGAAGUCGAAGCCACUGUAUCAUGCAUGCUGACCUAUGACUACAUAUGGACAAUUCCUGAUUAUGAGUGUAGAUCCCAACAACUUCAGUUGAAUAAGGGGUCUCAUUCGCAUUGUACAUAGUUAAGAAAACUGCUAGCUAUCCGUACUGCAAACUCAAAGCUACAGAGCCAAGGUGUUUGUGGAAUGACUAAUCUUUGCACAUGUUUGCUUGGUGCAAUCUGUAAUGAGUUUCUUAAAUGGAGAUAAAUUAUGUAAAGAGUAAUGACAGUAGAGCAUAGAGAUAUUCCUGACAUUCAACUCAGUUUUUUUAGACCCUGAGUGUUGAAACGAGAAGGCAAAAGUCUAAAUUUGUCUUUUGGCAAGUGCAGCUGCUGCUUGUACAGUAUCAAACCAUUUACUGUAAAGGAUGUAUGAUGGACCAAAGCCAUAUACUUUUGCCAUUUAUUAUAUCCCAAUGUUCAUUGAGGGGAAUAACCAAACAGAAGGUACAGUAGAAUCCUCAUGUUUUAAACAGAAGAUUUGUUGUUGUUGCUGUAUAGAUUUAUUAAUGUUCUCCUAUGUGUAUAUAAGUACACUUUGUUUUCCUUUUCA